AUGGAUGGCUACUUUGCCGUCUGGCAGCAUCUCAAUGAAGACCCAGAGAAUUUUCUUAGUUUGAUGAACAAGACGGAUGGGAAGAAGAAAUACACGGUCGAUUUAAAAAAGGAAGGUGAUUUACCAUUUAUUGAUGUUAUAGUUAGCAAAGAGGGGACCGGAUUAGGUAAAGAUGUAAAUAUGGAACCCACAAAUGCAAAUUUCUAUUUGAAGAUCUUUUCUUGCCACACUUAUGGAGUUAAAUUUGUAGUUAUGACGUCUGUAAUAAGGAGCCUACAUCUGGCAGAUGAUGAGCAUCGCGACCAGGAAUUGAGAAUUCUGGUUGAGAACGGUUAUCCACAAGAAGGAUGGAGGGAAAUAGGUAUUUGGGGCAAGAUAAAAGGUUAG